CGUCCUGAGUUUCUUUCAGAGUGAAGCGCAGUCGGCCAGUUUGGGCAUCCGGGAUCACUGAGCUGCAGCAGCCGCGCAUAAAGGAGGGUGGGGGGCUGAGGGACAUCUACGAGUUGCUUCUGAUAUCCUAGAUUCAGGCCCUGUCUGAAGAUGAACGUCCUCAAAGACAACAAAGACUUGGCCUGUUUCUACACAACCAAACACUCCUGGAGGGGAAAGUACAAGCGUGUUUUCUCAGUGGGGACUCAUGGCAUCACCACAUACAAUCCCACCACGCUAGAAGUUACAAACCAGUGGCCUUAUGGAGAUAUUUGUGGCAUUGCUCCGGUGGGUAAAGGCCAGGGCACAGAGUUCAAUCUUACUUUCCGGAAGGGCAGUGGCAAGAAGUCAGAAACGCUCAAGUUUUCCACUGAGCAUAGGACAGAGUUGCUUACAGAAGCACUGAGAUUCAGAACAGACUUCUCAGAGGGAAAAAUCACUGGAAGACGCUAUAACUGCUAUAAGCAUCACUGGAGUGACACACGGAAGGCUGUGUGUUUAGAAGUGACGCCAGGGGGCAUUGAUCAGAUUGACCCCAACACCAACCGAGUCAUCUGUUCCUAUGACUACCGCUGCGUUGAGGGCUUCGCCGAGGUUUCCGACUACCAGGGCGGCUUCUGCAUCCUUUAUGGAGGCUUCAGUAGACUGCAUCUUUUUGCGUCAGAGCACCGUGAGGAGAUAAUUCGCAGUGUGACUGAGCAUGCUGCUAACUUCAUAGGGAUCACGUUGCGUCUCCGUAAGGAAAUUCUGACAUUCGAGGGCUUUCUUGGCGAGCGUCUGGGGAAGUACAGCACGGACGAAUGCAUCACCUCUCUAACAGAGUUUAUUGUGCAGAAGAUCACGCCACGUCAUGCGGAGCCUGUCAGGAGGAUUUUGGCCCUCACAGAGACAUGUCUGGUGGAGAGGGACCCCGCAUCCUACAAUAUAGUUACUGUUAAGCCUUUUGAAGAGGUAUUUGCUCUGAUCUGUGAUUCAGAGAAUCCUCAGGUGUUCACUAUCGAGUUCAUCCGAGGACAGAUACGAAAGUACUGCUCCACUGAAAGGGAUUCUCUGUUGGCAAGUCUGCUAGACAGUGUGAGGGCAUCUGGGAACAGGGAUGUGUGUGUUAAAAUGGCCCCCACUCAGAGAGGGCAGAGGUGGGGUCUGAUCAGCAUGCCUGUGGGCGAGGAGGUGGAGAGCUUACACCUCAGAUUCCUCGCUGCCCCACCUAAUUGUAAUUUUGCAGAUGCAGUGUUCCGAUUUAAUGCCAACAUCUCCUACAGUGGAGUGCUACAUGCCGUUACUCAGGAUGGUCUUUUCUCAGAGAACAAGGAGAAACUGAUCAACAAUGCCAUCCUCGCUCUCCUAUCUCAAGAUACUGAGCUGCCAGGACCCAAUGCAGAGCUGGAGGCCCAAUUUCAGGCUAUCAGACGUCUGGUGGCCUCCAAAGCUGGAUUCCAGGCCUUCACCCAGCUCCCAAGGUCUGGUCCCUUGGCUGGACUCGAACAUACAACGUUUAGGGAGAAGUUGGGUGUUAAAACAGUUAAAGCACUGAAGAGAAACAACAACGGUGUGACACAUGCUGCUAUAGACAUGCUCUGUGCUCUUAUGUGUCCGAUGCAUGAUGAUUAUGACCUGAGGCAGGAGCAGCUGAACAAAGCCUCUCUACUCUCCUCCAAAAAGUUUCUGGAAAACCUUCUGGAGAAGUUCAUUAGUAAUGUGGAGCAAGGCACAGGAGCAUUUGUGAUCAGCUCUCUGCUGGACUUCUUGACCUUUGCCCUAUGCGCCCCCUAUAGCGAGACGACCGAGGGACAGCAGUUUGACAUGCUUCUGGAGAUGGUGGCAUCUAACGGACGGACUCUUUUCAAACUUUUCCAGCAUCCUUCUAUGGCCAUCGUAAAAGGGGCGGGUCUGAUCAUGAAAGCCAUUAUUGAGGAAGGAGAUAAGGAGAUAUCCACUAAGAUGCAGGAGUUGGCCCUGAAUGAAGGAGCUUUGCCCAGACACCUCCACACCUCAAUGUUUACUAUCAGUGCUGACCAGAGGAUGCUCACCAACAGACAGUUAAGUCGUCAUCUAGUGGGUUUGUGGACUGCAGAAAACCCCAUUGCCUUGAACCUGCUCAAGAGAAUUCUGCCCACUGGUCUGUUGGCAUAUCUGGACAGCUCUGAUCCUGUGCCUGAGAAGGACGUUGACAGAAUGCACAUACGUGACAAUGUCAAGAUUGCCACAGACCAGUUUGGGAGAAAUAAAGUCCCUGAGUGGCAGCGUUUGGCAGGUAAAGCUGCUAAAGAGGUGGAGAAGUUUGCAAAAGAGAAGGCCGAUGUAGUGCUCAUGCACUGGAGAGACAAGAUGGGCAUCGCUCAGAAAGAGCAGGACAGGAAUAACCUGAACCCAAACCAAAAACCAGUCAUCCUGAGGAAGCGACGGCAGCGAAUCAAGAUUGAGGCCAACUGGGAGCUUUUCUACUACAAGUUUCAGUUGGAUCAUGCUCGCUCUAAUCUCAUCUGGAAUCUGAAGACUAGAGAGGAGCUGAGAGAUGCUCUUGAGGGAGAAAUGCGCUCCUUCAAUGUUGACCGGGAGCUGGGUAGUGCUAGUAUCAUCUCCUGGAACCACCAAGAGUUUGAGGUGAAGUACGAGUGCCUUUCUGAUGAGAUUAGAAUCGGGGAUUAUUACCUGCGUCUGCUUCUAGAGGAAGACGAGAAUGAUGAAUCUGGAGCUAUCAAGAGAUCGUAUGAGUUCUUUAAUGAGCUCUAUCAUCGGUUCCUGUUGACACCCAAAGUAGUCAUGAAGUGUUUGUGUCUUCAAGCUCUUACUAUAGUCUACGGGAAGUGCUGCGAGGAGAUUGGACCUUUUACUGACACCAAGUACAUUGUGGGCAUGUUAGACCGGUGUACAGACAAGCUAGAGAGAGACCGGCUCAUCCUCUUCCUCUACAAACUCAUUCUGAAUAAGAAAAAUGUCAAGGAUAUCCUGGACUCUAAUGGAGUCCGUAUUUUAGUGGAUCUGCUCACCCUUGCUCACCUGCACAUCAACAGAGCCACUGUACCACUGCAGAGUAACGUGCUAGAGGCAGCGCCGGACAUGAAGAGAGAGAGUGAGAAGGAGUGGUACUUCGGUAACGCAGAUAAAGAACGGAGAGGACCUUUCAGCUAUGAGGAGAUGCAGGAGUUCUGGAACUCAGGUACUCUGACGGCAAAAACGCGCUGCUGGGCUCAGGGCAUGGACGGCUGGCGCCCCCUGCAGGCAAUCCCACAGCUGAAGUGGUGCCUGCUGGCCAGCGGACAGGCCGUAAUGAAUGAGACUGACCUGGCCACACUCAUCCUCAACAUGCUUAUCACCAUGUGCUCCUACUUCCCUAGCCGGGACCAAGACAAUGCCAUUAUCAGGCCUUUACCAAAAGUGAAGAGACUCAUAAGUGACAACACCUGCCUGCCUCACAUUGUCCAGCUGCUUCUGACCUUUGACCCGAUCCUGGUGGAGAAAGUAGCAAAUCUGAUGUACCUUGUGAUGCAGGAUAACCCUAACCUGCAGCGGCUCUACCUCACUGGAGUCUUCUUCUUCAUUAUGAUGUACACCGGCUCCAACGUGCUGCCUGUUGCACGCUUCUUGAAGUACACUCAUCUGAAACAAGCCUUUAAAUCAGAGGAGGCUAAAGGUCUGGACAUUAUCCAGAGAAGCGUGUUGGGCCCAAUGUUACCGGAGGCCAUGGUGUGUUACUUGGAGAACUAUGAGGCUGAACGAUUCUCUGAGAUUUUCUUGGGAGAGUUUGAUACGCCUGAAGCCAUCUGGAGCAGUGAAAUGAGGCGUAUGAUGAUCGAGAAGAUUGCCGCUCACCUGGCAGAUUUCACUCCCCGUCUGAAGAGUAACACUCGUGCUCUUUAUCAGUACUGUCCCAUCCCUGUGGUCAACUUCCCUCAGCUGGAUAAUGAGCUCUUCUGCAACAUCUAUUACCUCCGACACCUGUGUGACUCCAUUCGCUUCCCCAACUGGCCAAUAAGAGAUCCUGUGAAGCUAUUGAAAGACACUCUGGAUGCAUGGAAGAGAGAGGUGGAGAAGAAGCCUCCCACUAUGUCUGUGGAUGAUGCCUAUGAGGUGCUGAACCUCCCUAAAGGACAGGGCCAGCAUGAAGAGAGUAAAAUAAGAAAAGCUUACUUCAGAUUGGCCCAAAAAUACCAUCCAGACAAGAAUCCAGAGGGCCGGGACAUGUUUGAGAAGGUGAAUAAAGCCUACGAGUUCUUGUGCACUAAAUCAGCACGUAUCAUAGAUGGCCCUGACCCUGAGAACAUCAUCUUGAUCCUCAAAGCCCAGAGCAUCCUCUUUAACAGACACAAACCAGAUUUGGAGCCUUAUAAAUAUGCUGGCUACCCCAUGCUAAUUAAGACCAUCACCAUGGAGACAGGUGAUGAGCAGCUCUUCUCCAAUACCUCACCAUUGUUACCGGCAGGUGCUGAACUUGCCUUCCACACUGUCAACUGUUCUGCCCUCAAUGCUGAGGAACUCCGCCGGGAGAAUGGCAUCGAGGUGCUGAUGGAGGCUCUGUCCCGCUGCGUGGCUGUACUUACGGCUUCCAGCAAACCAGAGGAUAUGGCAGUGCAGGUGUGCGGGCACAUCUGUAGGUGCUAUAGUGUAGCAGCUCAGUUUGAGGAAUGCAGAGAGAAAAUUGUUGAGCUUCCCAACAUUAUCAGAGAUGUUUGUCACAUUCUCUACUAUGGCAAGGGUUUGCCACGUUUGGCCUCAUUGGUUGUUCAGUGUGUGAGCUCCUUCGCCAUAGACUUCUUUCUCCAGACACACCUGUACCAAGCUGGGGCUCUGUGGCACCUACUAGUUAACCUUUUUAACUAUGACUACACUUUGGAGGAAAGUGGAGUCCAGGCCAAUCAGGAGACCAACCAGCAGGAGGUGGCCAACAGUCUGGCUAAGCUCAGCCUGGUGGCCCUCGGUCGGCUUGCGGGUUACACCUCUGCGGUCAGCCCAGACGAUGGCCCUGGAGGGGAGGUAAAUGGUGGAGGGACAGUGGGCCAUCCUCCAGAGAAUCCCGCCAUCAGAAAGAGUUUGGCAGCCAUGCUGACGCCCUACAUCUCCCGGAAACUGGGCAGUAAUUCACCUGCUGAGAUUCUGAAGUUGUUGAACAGCAACUCGGAAAACCCUUAUUUGAUCUGGAACAAUGGAACCAGAACUGAGCUAAUGGGGUUCCUAGAAGAACAGCAAGAGAGCAACGUCAAAAGAGGAGAGUGUGAUAAGAGUUUUGGAGCAGAGUUCUUGUUCAGUGAACAUGGGAAGGAGCUGAUUGUGGGAGAGAUCUUUGUUAGAGUUUACAACGAGCAGCCUACCUUUCCUCUGGAGUAUCCAAAAGCAUUCGCAUCUAGUCUGUUGGAUUAUGUUGGCUCCCAGGCUCAGUACCUGCACACUCUGCUAGCUAUGACUCAGACCAAUAAAGUAGAGUCCCAACAGCAUGCUCAGAGAUUGCGCUGGGCCGAAAUGGCUCUUGAAGCUCUCCGCAAUGUCAUAAAAAACAAUCCAGGCUCUGAGAUGGAGUGUAUUGGCCACUUUAAGCUUCUCUUCUCACUGCUGAGAGUUCACGGUGCCGGCAAAGUGCAGCAGCUUGCUUUGGAGGUUGUGAAUACUGUCACGUCAAACAAAGACUGCGUCAUUAACAUCGCAGAAUCUCUUGUUCUUCCCAAUCUGUUGGUGCUUCUACACUCUUUACCAUCCAGCAGACAGCUUGUGCUGGAGACACUCUAUGCACUGACUUCUAACACAAAGAUUGUAACGGAAGCCAUGAACAAAGGUGCACUGAUCUACCUUUUAGAUCUAUUCUGUAACUCCACCCACCCUCAGGUUCGCACCCAGACUGCAGAGCUCUUUUCAAAAAUGACCUCAGACAAGCUGGUGGGACCAAAGGUGCGUCUGACCCUGAUGCGUUUCUUACCGGCCGUUUUCAUGGACGCCAUGCGUGACAACCCAGAGGCCGCUGUGCACUUAUUUGAAGGGACGCAUGAGAACCCAGAGCUCAUCUGGAAUGACAGCUCGAGAGAGGCCGUCUCCACCACCGUCAGAGAGAUGAUGCUAGAGCAUUUUAAGCAACAGAAAGAUAAUCCUGAUGUCAGUUGGAAGCUGCCUGAGGACUUUUCAGUCCCAUAUGGAGCAGGGCAAGGAGAGCUGGAGGUUGGUGGAGUGUUUCUACGGAUCUUCAUUGCUCAGCCAGGCUGGGUUCUACGCAAACCGAGAGAGUUCCUGGUGUCUUUAAUGGACACGCUCACCACGCUAAUGGAGAGGAACAAUCCCAAUGGUGAGGCGCUUGAGACAGUAACCACAGCAGCAGUGUGCCUCUUCAGCACCCAGACACAGCUGGCCGAUCAGGUCCCUCCUCUCGGGCAUCUCCCUCGUGUCCUAUCGGCACUCAACCAUAGGAACAACGCUGUCCCUAAAAGUGCCAUCAGAGUCAUACACGUGCUCUCAGACAAUGAGCUUUGUGUGCGGUCCAUGGCAGCUUUAGAUACGAUUGGUCCGUUGAUGACUGGUAUGAAGGUGAGGGCUGAUAUGGCUGGACUUGCAUGCGAGGCGCUCAACCGCAUGUUCCAGCGAGAGCAGACUGAACUGGUUGCACAGGCUCUCCGAGUAGAGUUGGUGCCCUACCUCUUAAAGUUGUUAGAGGGAGUUGGCUUGGAGACUCUAGAAAACCCUUCAGCAACCAAAGCUCAGAUCGUCAAAGCCCUUAAAUCCAUGACCCGCAGCCUACAGUUUGGAGAACAGGUAAACGAAAUCCUCUCUCGUUCCACUGUGUGGAGUGCCUUCAAAGACCAGAAACAUGACCUCUUCAUCUCCGAUUCCCAGACUGCAGGCUACCUGACGGGUCCAGGAGUGGCAGGUUAUCUAACAGCAGGCACAAGCUCUACAGUAAUCCCAAGCGUCCCACCACCUGUAGAUAACGACAUUGGCGACCUGGGCUGAAUUACACAAACAGAAUAUCAGACGAACUCCACCUGGCUCUCUGGAGUGGUGGCAUCCUGAUCCUGAGGGAGAGAAUACAGGAUGAUGAAUAAAGAGAGAAGGAAAGAAAUGGAAGGGUAGUGAUUACAUCCUCUGUUGUUGGGUUUCCUGAAAAUGCUGUCACCAUGCUAUGAAAAUGUCCAGCAUCCUCCCUCACAGCACUCAUGGUCUUGUGAUUCCUUCAUUUUAAUACAAGUCAAUGCUUCCUUCUAUUUCAUGUUAUAUUCAUUUCCAUCUCAAGCUUUUAUGAUUUCUUUCCAAGGAGAGUAGAGUAAAAUAGUUUAAUUUUGUAUUGAGAGAUUUUUUUUAUUUUUUAUUUUGUAUUCAUUUUUGUUAUUUUUUUGUUUUGCCUGCCAUGUUGGCUCCAAUUCAUGGUCUCUUCUCCUCGUCUUCCUGGUUUCCCAUUCAGCCCAUUCUUCACUUACAUCUGUUGCCAUGUCAACAAAUUCUAGGUGUUGUUCAUUUUAUAAUUUGCAGCCUUUUCAAAAAAAAUCAUGAUUGCCCAUUUUUGUAUUUUUCUUUUAUUCUAAAGUACCCAAAGAGCUUGCUAACAUAAGGAAAGAUGAAGUUAAGAAGGAACCUGUUAAACUGUGAUUAUUUGUGCACAUGUGAGACCGCACUGGCUGCAAGCCUAUCCUUGUUUUCCUCAUCGGUCAUCUCUGUUUCAUGUCUGCUCGUCUCAUAUUCCUAUAUAAUAUGAUACGAGCAGACCUAUACUCCCAUAUUCCCCGGCACUCCACUCUUAUGUUGCUACCAACAAAAUAAUCUUCUUCAUUUUUUCUACCUUCCCCAGAAAGCACUAGACUAUUUAUGAAUAAAGACCAACUGAAAAUGAGCUUCUAAAAGAACAAAGGUCAAAUUGUACUGACUCUGAUUACAAAUAUAUGUGAAAGACUAGUGCAGUUGUGAAAUGUGAAAUGUAAUAUGCCGUACAUACACUUUCUAUAUUGAAUGUACAUUGAUAAAAAAAAAAACACAAAUCAGUUGCACUUGUACAUAAAAUUUUAAAAAUAAAAGGGAAUCUACAGUU